CGCCGCGCCGCGCCCCGCCCUGCUUCACCUGGCUCAGGAGGACGCUGUAUGCACCCUCAGCUCCUGAGGGGACGCCGCAGGCAUGACUGACAUCGCCAACCACCUGCCCUACUUCUUUGGCAACAUCACCCGGGAGGAGGCUGAGGACUACCUGGUGCAGGGGGGCAUGAGUGAUGGGCUGUAUCUGCUACGCCAGAGCCGCAAUUACCUGGGCGGUUUCGCCCUGUCUGUGGCACACGGGAGGAAGGCCCACCACUAUACCAUCGAGCGGGAGCUCAACGGGACCUAUGCCAUAGCUGGGGGCAGGGCCCACGGAAGUCCCGCCGAGCUCUGCCUCUACCACUCCCAGGAGUCCGAUGGCCUCAUCUGCCUCCUCAAGAAGCCCUUCAACCGGCCAUCUGGGGUGGAACCGAAGACUGGACCCUUUGAGGACCUGAAGGAAAACCUCAUCAGGGAAUAUGUGAAGCAGACCUGGAACCUGCAGGGUCAAGCUCUGGAACAGGCCAUCAUCAGCCAGAAACCUCAGCUGGAGAAACUCAUCGCCACCACAGCCCAUGAAAAAAUGCCCUGGUUCCAUGGAAAAAUCUCUCGGGAUGAAUCUGAACAAAUUGUCCUAAUAGGAUCAAAGAUAAAUGGAAAAUUCUUGAUCAGGGCCAGGGACAACCAUGGGUCCUAUGCCCUGUGCCUGCUGCAUGAAGGAAAGGUACUGCACUACCGCAUCGAUAAGGACAAAACAGGGAAGCUCUCCAUCCCCGAUGGGAAGAAGUUUGACACACUCUGGCAGCUAGUUGAGCAUUAUUCUUAUAAACCAGAUGGUUUGUUGAGAGUUCUCACUGUCCCAUGUCAGAAAAUCGGGCAAGCAGGAAAUGUUAAUUUUGGAACUCGUCCCCAGCUUCCAAGCUCCCAUCCUGCGGCCUGGUCAGCGGGUGGAAUACUCUCAAGACUCAUAUCAUACUCCUUUUCCAAGUCUGGCCACAGAAAGACCUCAUCCCCUGGGAACCGACCGGAGAGCACGUUCAACCCCUACGAGCCGGACGGAGGGUCCUGGGCCGCGGAACGAGAUGCCCAGAGAGAAGCCCUGCCCAUGGACACCGAGGUGUACGAGAGCCCCUAUGCGGACCCUGAGGAGAUCAGGCCCAAGGAGGUCUACCUGGACCGGAGUCUGCUGACCCUGGAGGAAAAGGAACUGGGCUCUGGCAACUUUGGGACUGUGAAGAAGGGCUACUACCAGAUGAAAAAAGUCGUAAAAACAGUGGCUGUGAAAAUUCUGAAAAACGAGGCCAACGACCCUGCUCUGAAAGAUGAGUUACUAGCAGAAGCCAACGUCAUGCAGCAACUAGACAACCCGUACAUCGUGCGCAUGAUCGGGAUCUGCGAAGCCGAGUCCUGGAUGCUGGUGAUGGAGAUGGCAGAACUCGGCCCCCUUAAUAAAUACUUACAGCAGAACAGGCAUGUCAAGGAUAAGAACAUCAUAGAGCUGGUUCAUCAGGUUUCUAUGGGAAUGAAAUACCUGGAGGAGUGCAAUUUUGUGCACAGAGAUCUGGCUGCAAGGAAUGUAUUGCUGGUUACUCAGCAUUAUGCCAAGAUCAGUGAUUUUGGACUUUCCAAAGCACUUCGUGCUGAUGAAAACUACUACAAGGCGCAGACCCACGGGAAGUGGCCUGUUAAGUGGUACGCGCCCGAGUGCAUCAACUACUACAAGUUCUCCAGCAAGAGCGACGUCUGGAGCUUCGGGGUGCUCAUGUGGGAAGCAUUUUCCUACGGGCAGAAGCCUUAUCGAGGAAUGAAAGGAAGUGAAGUUUCAGCCAUGCUGGAGAAAGGAGAGAGGAUGGGGUGUCCUGCAGGCUGCCCGAGGGAGAUGUACGAUCUGAUGAAUCUGUGCUGGACGUACGAGGUGGAGAGCAGGCCCGGAUUUGUAGCAGUGGAGCUGCGGUUACGCAAUUACUACUACGAUGUGGUUAACUAACGACUCCAUGCCUGUCUGUGGCCGCCUUCCAGCAAAGAGAGGCCACAGGAAAAUGCAUUUCACUGCAUGGAUUUUGAGUACCUCCAUCUCCCUCACUUCAAGAGAGCAAGCCUUGUGGGAUAGGCCCAUGACUGUGAACCCCAAAGCCUGCCCUGGAACUCAUCCUCUGCAUAGCAAAUGUGUCACAAAGAGCUGUGGGAGGAAAGACAAGAUAACUGGCUCAAAGGGCCCAGGGAUUCACUUGUUUUCUGUCAUCGUGGUUGUGAUGGCUGGUGAUAUUCAGCAUGUUUUCAGACUUCUCUCUUGUCUCACCAGCUUGGUUCUGGGCUGCACUGGACCACAGGGCAGACCUGGAGGCAUUGCCAGGACCUGUGCCUGCCACCCACUCUGCAUUUUAAGUGCUCAGAGGGUGCAGUUAGCAGUGAGGCUGGUGGCCAGAAAGAAAGGGGAGGAAAAGGGCCUUGGCUGUCUCCAGAAGUUGGUUCUGACUGGCUGAGACUCUGAGUGAUGCCACCAAAAAUCUCUUCUGAUGAUAAGGGUUUUGAGGCUUAAAAAAAAAAGCUAGUUGGACCAGUGUCGUUCCUAAGUUAGCAUCCAGCUCCUGGUGGGUAAAGUUCUGAGACAAAAGAUUCAUGUCUAUGAAAAGACGUGAAAGACGGGGCCUUUGAAUGAAUCUGCUUGGCUUUCUUCCCCCGAAGGCCUCUGCCGCACACUCUCAGGAGACUGUACUUGAGUGGAGACAAGUCAAUCAAUCUUUUCACAGGACCACAUAGGGGAGCAGGAGGACGUUAACUCAGUCUGACCACACACAGGCAGCAUCGGGCUGUGUCCCUUGGCUGGUGCCUGCGCUCCCUCCCUUGCAGACAGCUCCUGCCAGAAUGCCCUCUGAGGGACAACCUGAAGACCGGCACCUAAAAAAUGAGUUUCUGAAGAAAUUCUGGUUUGAUAAUAAAGCCAGACACUCUGGCCUUCGCCACAAGCAGGCCUUACUGAGUUGACUUUGGGUUGAAGUCGCAAGACCUGAGAAUUCUUUCCUAGUUCCCCAGUCUUAGUUAAUCCUUGAGUCAUCUGCCCACUCAUGUCAAUGUUGUUGUGACCCUUGAGAAUUAAAGUGCUGUUUAGUCUUCUUUCUUAGGUCAUUCCA